CCCCAGCGGACGAGCACAGCUUAGCUUAUAAAUAAAAGAGAAAGCAAGCAGCCGCGCAGUCUCUAAUCGAACGUCCCGCGUUCCGUUCGGCGGGCUUUUCGAAACCAGUGUUUCUUCAAUACUCGGAUACUUUUUGUGCAUUAAAAAAUGAAAAUGAGGUGGAGCAUUUUCAUAGCGCUGCUGCUGCUGGGGGUUGCGGUCGCCAACGAGGAGGAAGAUGAUGUACCUGACGUGGGCGUGGAGGAGGAAGAUGAUGAUGGUGAUGAACUGGCGUUGGAUAGAGAGGAGUCCCGCAACCUCAGGCCGCGAGCAUACAACCAAGGCGCAUUCAACACUCUGCCCAGCGGGUUCCGCCCGACGCAGUCGCUGGCCGAGCUGGCCGGCUACCAGCAGCGGCCGCAGCAGGAGCAGCAGGAGUUCCUCAUCCCCGCCAGGCCACAGCAGCAGCAGGUCUACAUCGAGGAGCAGAGGCCAGCGCCAGCCAGACAAGCGCACAGAAAGCCAGACCAGCGUCCAGCGAAACUCCAGCAGCAACAAGUGUCAGAAGAAGAGUUAGAAGAGAAGGAAGAGCCCGACCGCCUGUCCACUCUGCUGCAGCAGUCCAAGUUCAACUGCGUCAGCAAGAACACUGGGUACUACGCUGAUGAGGAGCUCGGCUGCGAAGUGUUCCACUACUGCCAGGACAAUGUCAAGCAUUCCUGGAUCUGUCCCGAUGGUUUUACUUUCCACCAGGUCCAUCUAAUCUGCAUGCCACCCACCCACGACAACAUAUGCCAAAAGUCUUCCAAGUACCACUUCGUCAACGACUACCUCUACAGACCCAUCAACGAGGAGGAGGUGCAACGGAAACCGAACGUCUCGCUCAAGUACUCCGACAGAUUCUACCCCGCUGAAGUGUACAGGGAUGACCGUUAUGAGCAAGAAGAGGAAGAAGAAGAAGAGGAAGCACCUCGCAGAGCUCCCGCUGCCCAGCAGGCGAGGCCGACAGCCCGGCCCCAGUACCCGGCCCAAGUGUUCCGAUCUGCCGAAGAGGUCAACAUACCGCUAGUGCAGAGACGCCCACAACGCCCUUUUGACUUCGAGAUCUAAGUUAUUCUUAGGAUUCAACUAAGUCUAUAAGCCUAUCUUUGUAAUUUGCAAGAUCUCCUUUACAUGCUGGUGCGUGCACAUUGCCGCAUGCACAAGAGAAAAUGAUCAAAAUCAAAAAUUAAUUCAUUUCAAGUAUGCUUUAGAAACACAAGCACUUUAGAAACGUUUCAAAUUUAAUUAUUUGUAAAGACUACCGUCGGUUUGGAAGGCAGGUUCUGUUGCUCUUUUAAAACACCAUCAUGCAAUAUAAAUGGAGUUGCAAUUAGUUUUCUUGCCUGCUCAAAUCAAACACGACAAAUCAUAUUAGUGUUGCCAUGAGCAAUUUUAUUCAAAUCAAUGAAACUAUCAAUAGCUAUACCUACUUACAAAAAUGUCCCCAAAAAUUUUGAGAGUUGCUACAAUCUUCGCCAAUGUGAACUAUAAACUUUCACUAAUACCCAAUUAGUACAAAAAGUUAUAAUUAUAAUAUUUUGUGUAAUAGCUCUUGUACAGUUUGCAGUAUCUAAGUGCUAUAAGAACUCCUUUUCGUGCCAAUUGGGUAGUUAUACUUUGAUAUGUGCUGACCUGAAAACCAAACUCUAUCCACAAAGAGUAAAGGGCUAAUCGAAAGACACCAUUAUUUAAGGAUAAUGUUAAUAAAUCUAUUUAUGCUGUACAAUAACUGUUGUAAGUUACAAAUUAGAUGUAAGCUAGUCUUUUUGUUAAUAAAUUAAAAUAAGAUACUUAAUAAAAAUAAUAAUAAACCAAA